ACUAACCCAUGGUGUGACAACGGUGGUAAGACUUUCAAAUCUAUGUUUAGGCUUGUAAUACCUUAUUUUGCUAAAGCUUUAUUCCUUAUCUUACUUAAAUGUUGCGAGUCUAAAAAUCUUCCAUGGCUCAAAGAAUGUGCGGUUGAUUCUUCCAUGUGUCCCCACGACAUGUCAUUUGCUGACAAAAUAAAGUACUAAAGUUGCAUUCUUACUGGUCAAAUCCACAGAAAACCUGUUCCACAAAUCAGACUUUGUUAGUAGGACACAUUUAUAAUCAUCCAGAUGUAGCUGCAUGGAUUGCUUUGGCACUUUUUUUUUUUUUAAACUUCAAUAUGGUCUUACAAGCUCUGGCAUGAAGACAGCUAUAAAGCAGCUGGAGAAUGGAAAAUAUCUGUUAAAAAUCAAAUAUGACAUGUUCAUCCUGGAUAGGAAUGUGCUUCUUGGUUAUACAACUAUCGUUCUGUAUUUAACUGCAUUUACAAGAUUUGUCUUGUUACCUUCCUAGGAGUUCACAGGUUAUUCGACACUCCCUUGGGCUAUAAAUUACGUGCACAUGCCUACUGAAGUGAGAUUUAUUAUUUUUAUUUCAAAAAAACCCACCUUACAUCCCACAUUUCGCUGGAAAGAGGCCCCUUUGUGCACCGAGUCUUUAAAUUGUGAGCAGCCGCUUACUUAUUGCUUUCACUUUUCCGGAUCGUGUUGCUCAAGGGUCUCAGUCAGCUCCUCUCACCAUGAAGAGUUUUGCUCUUCUUUUCCUGGUGGUGGUGGGAGGAUUGGGACAAUCCUCUGGCGUGGAAGGAUUGGGACAAAAGCUGAAGCCAAAGAAAAGAAGCAAUGGCGAAGAAAUCAGAUUUCGGACUAAAACCAAAGAUGUUUGCACAAUGAGCAUGAGUGGGGACGAGGAGAUGAGACUUAGGAUCGAAUGCAAAAGCCAAGGCAUGUCCUACUGGUGUGAAUUUGCUGGCAAGCCAUCGGUCUGUCGUGCUUUCAGAAACAAUCCAAAGAUUUACUGGAAUCAGAUCGCCGCCGAACUCCGAAAGCUCCCCCACGCUUGUGAAUCCACACAAGUCCUGAAGACCACCAUGUGCCAAAAGGCUCCCACAGAGGCUCUCAUGAAGCAAAUAGCUGCUGGUAUGGAGCCAGAAGAUCUAGCGAACCAGGACGAAUCAGAUCAGAAAACUUCUACGAGGGGAGCAGGGAAAAGCUCUGUUAAGAAAAUAGGGAAACUUCCAAUGCUCCCUCUUGUAAGACCAACCCAUCGUGGUCAGGGGUCUGAGAAUGAGACGGAAGCAAUGAAACUGGCACGGGAGCACUGCUGGGAAUCCCUGCAUGGUUUCUGCUCCUACAUUAUUGGCAUCUUUAGAGGUUAAGGAUGUGCUUCAGAGCAAAGUUUUUACAGCUGAAGAAAGGUCCUUGCUGUAGUUUAAUAAUUUAGAUGUAAGAAUUUGGGGUUUAAAAACGAGUCGUCUCUAUAAAUCUUGUAGCUGUUCUCUCUGUGCACCCCUAAAAUGCAAACUUUUUAACUGCCCUGAAAAACGCAUGAAAUUGGAGUGACUGUACUGAAAGUGUUAGGAUGAACUAACUGUCCGUAGGUCUGUCACACACCAAGGCACAUUUAUGUAACCCAGGUUCCACUUUUAGGAGUGUGUGUGCUGGUUCGCUUCAGUUUGUUCGAGGUGAAAGCUGUAAAUGAUGCUACAGUUAGUGCAAACAAUAAAAAUAAGAUUUUUCGAAAACA